AUGAAUAGCUCAACGACAAUGAACAAAUUAAAAAGGUUGUUAACUCUUGCAACUAUUGCUAUGGCUGUAGAACAUCAUGAAAAGCAGCAAAAAGAACGAGAAAAACAAAAGCGACGACGAACACGGAGAUGGUGGACAAGAGAAUGGAUUCUACGAAGACAACGUCAAUUAAGAGGAUCGCUUCAUUUAGCACACAGUGAACUUCUCUAUGAAGAUGUUGAGUCUUUUCAUUCAUUUUUCAGGAUAGAUCCGCGUUUAUUUAACAUUUUAUUGGAUAAAGUAUCUCCAUUUAUUCAAAAACAAGACACAAUUAUGCGACAAUGCAUUCCGCCGAGUCAAAGACUAUUUAUAACUCUACGAUACUUGGCAACUGGGGAAUCAUAUCGGAGUCUAGAAUUCACAACAAGGAUACCUACUUGUACCUUAUCACGUAUCAUACCUGAAACGGUCAGAGUAAUCUACGAGGUACUAAGAGAUGAGUAUUUGAAGAUUCCAGAUACAGAAGAUGAGUGGAAUCGUGUUGCUGAAGACUAUAUGACACAAUGGGAUGUGCCAAACUGCAUUGGUGCAUUAGACGGCAAACAUAUUCAGUUUAAAGUUCCUCUGAGCCAAGGAUCGUUGUACCGUAAUUAUAAAGGAACUGACAGUAUAGUUUUUCUGGCACUAGUAGAUGCGAAUUACCUGUUUCUGUACGUAAAUGUCGGAGUAAAUGGGCGAGUGAGUGAUGGUGGAGUUUUUCGAGACAGUAAUUUAUCUCGAUUACUAGAGAGUCCUGCAAAUCCACUGAAUAUUCCAUCAAAUAAACCACUCCCUGGGAUGACUGAACCAAUGCCAUAUGUUAUUCUAGCGGAUGUUGCUUUUCCUCUUCGCAACAAUAUUUUAAAGCCGUAUCCAUUCCGAAACAUGACGCAUAGUGAACGCAUUUUCAAUUAUAGACUUUCUAUGGGUCGUAGAGUUGUAGAAAAUGCUUUUGGAAUUUUGGCAAACCGAUUUCGUGUACUGCAAACUGUAAUUUACUUACCGGUUGAAACAGUACAAAGUGUAACUUUAGCUUGCUGUGCAUUGCAUAAUUUUAUAGGUAAAGCAGCAUUUAAUGGAAUAACAAAUGUCAAAGACAUCAAUUUUGACUCAUCAAUAUAUAAUAAUCAGUUACAAAGUCUACAUGUAACUAAUGUUCGUCCAAAUCGAAAUUCUCUUCAUGUACGUUCAACGUUUAAACAAUAUUUUAAUACAGUCGGUUCGGUUUCUUGGCAAGAAAAUAUGGUACAAUAA